ACACUGACAUACAUCAUUGUUUUUAUUAAUUUUGACUUUGACAAAUGAAGUGAAUAAAAUGUGACUGAAGAAAAACACGUGUAAUAUUAAAUAAUUUUUAUUUUAUUAUUUGUAUUAAAAGAUAGUAAAACAAUCUUCAAUCAACUAUGACAAGAUUUGCAAGGGCGAGAGGCUCUAAGUCUUCAAAUCAAAAGGCCCCAGAAGAUAGUACGCCAUGGGAAGUUAUGAAGGAGCAGAUUAUUCAAUCGAAAAAAGAAUCCGAAGAGUCUAAACAGAGAAAAGAGGCUGAACAAAAGCGAAUAGAUAACUAUUCGAAUUUCCUUAAAGAACAGAAAGUGCAAAAGCGAAAAGCUACUUGGUGUGACUUUCCUGAAGUAGAGUGCAAAAGGAAGCCAGUCAAUGCCAACGAAAGUCAACAUAACGAAAAAUUACACAAAAAGAAAAAUAAGAAAAAAGAAAAGACAUGCGAAGAAACACAGAUCCAGUCGACUAAUGAAAUCCAAAAACAAGCCGAUGACACCGAACAAACCAGUGUUUCAGUUAAACAAAACAAGAAAAAGAAGAAAAAUAAGGUACCAGUUAAAGAUAUUAAUAAUGAAGACAAACAACAUGUUGACUCGGUUGAAAAAGUUGAAUUAAAUAACACUGUACAAUUACAAAAUGGUGAUUUGUCAAAGAAGAAAAAAAAGAAGAAAAAGUCACAGCAAUCUCAAAAUGAGGCUACAAAAACUGAUGAAAACCAGGAGCACCAAAAUAAUAAAACUGAUGGUAUCCAAGGAUCUGAAGGUAACAAAAAUAAAAACAACAAUAUUAAUACUAAGAACAAAAAAAACAGAAAUCAAAAACCUACUCGUAGGAAAGACAUAAAUGACAAAAGCUUUCAAUUAAUAGUCAAUGGUAAAGAAAUUGAAUUGGUCAGGUUUGAUGGAUUCCCUAUUAUGAAGAAGGAUGCAGAACGACUUGCAGAAUUAAAAAAUAGUAUGAUUAAGAAGGGUAUACCUAAAAGUGAAGUACAAAGGACAAUGAAAUUGGAAAGACGAAGAGCUGAGAAAGCUUUAGCAAGAAUAAAACGUGAGGUUUGCUAUAAUUGUAGGAAAGGUGGUCAUAAUCUGUCUGAUUGUCCGGAACUAAAGUCUAAAAUACCCGGAGUGGAUAGUGCUGAAGGUGUUUGCUUCAAAUGUGGUUCCACUGAACAUAGACAGUUUGAAUGUAAAGUGCAGAGAGAUAAAGAGUUCCGAUUUGCUACAUGUUUCAUAUGUAAAGAAGCUGGCCACAUUGCUCGGCAAUGUCCUGACAAUCCCAAAGGAUUGUACCCCAACGGUGGUUGUUGUAAACUUUGCGGUGAUGUCACUCACUUGAAGAAGGACUGUCCUAUUAUGAAAGACCAAAAAGAGGAAAGUUCAAUAAAAUUGCAUACAUUAGGUGCUACUGAUAACCUAGAAGAUAUAAGUCAGAAAACUGAAAAUAAUGUUUCAGAGGGUACAAUGAAAAAACCCAAGAAAAUUAAAUUUUAA